AAUUAACAUCAACACUUAAUUGCUAGGAUGUGUUUUUAAACUACAAUGGCAUUUUCCAUGAAACCACUGAAUUUCUGCAAACUUGUAUGUGUCAGUGCAAUAAGUUUGACUUUUAGCAACGUACUUGAAACAUCUAAAUCACCACUCAUUCUGAAGAUGAAACCAGAGGAUUUUGAGUACAUUUUAUCAUGGAAAGCUGGAAAUAGUUCGAGGACAUCAGCAUGCUACACAGUGAUGUAUACAAUGAAAAGAACUUCUAGCUGUAAUUUCCUUACCAUGGGAACAGAGUUGAAAUCAGCAGCAAAAGGCCAGGAACAAGUUAAUUCUUACAACUCUAGGCAAGUAAAACAUGAACUGUUACAUUUAAUGCUUCGGGUUUUAGACAGGUCUCAGGAAAACCAGGAUUCAGAGCAUCAUGUUGUGGGACCAGGGAAGCUGGCUACUUGCCCAGCUUUCUCAGAAACAGAUGCACAGAGAACAGCAGUGAACCACUAUCUAAGAAAACCAGACUUCAAGACAGUCCAGGAAUGUACUAAUAUUACAAGACCGUUCUGCAAUCUAACAAAUGAAUUUGCAGAUUUUUGCCAAGGAAAUGCAUUUAUUAUAGUACAGCAAGACACCAGCAAUGGAACAAAUUAUUCAGAUAUUCUACAAUUCAGUCCAUAUACUCAACGAUGCCUCAAGCCACCUCAGUUUAAUAUUUCUGUUUGUCAAAACUGUGUAAAUGUCACAGUGAAACUUCCACCUCUAUUAUUUAAAAUUUAUCAGAAACUUGAUUAUACAAUCACAGUGAAAACAGCUGAUCUCAAGGAAAAUCGUAUUGAUAAUACAACCCAACAGGAUAGUUUCUUCACUAUUCUUGAAGAUUUGCAUCCAAAUAAAAAUUAUUGCAUUGCUGUUCAGGUGUCUAACGGUUUUAAACCCCAGUGCACUUCCACCAUUCCAAAAUGUGUUAUGCUUGACUCCAAUAACGGACAAGAUUAUACUGUACUUUCAAUCUUGGCUCCAUUAUUACUAUUCGUGGGGCUAGUCAUUCUGGUUUUCCUAUUUAUGACUGGUUUUAUUUCCUUUAAAAGGAGAAUAUCACCAAAUGUCUUGAAUAUCAAACCUAAUAUGGCUUGUUCAGUCUUUGGAUCGGAUCUUGAAGAAAUUUGUGAUGUUCAAGCCCAGGAAAGUAACACAAUGCAACAACACAGUGAGGAUGUGAACAGUGAAAGCGAUGAUGAGAGUAACUUUGAUACCAAAUGUGGCAUCUUUAACAAGAUUACACCAUUCUCUGAUGUGGCCAUCACUCAGAAGCUGUUCACAGGUUGCUCAGCUACUACAAAUAAAAUAACCAGAACUUUAGCAGAAAAAAAUCAGAAUGAUAUUGGCAAAGGCAGCCAAUUAUAUCCUUCUGAAGUGAAUUCUGCCCAUGUAGCAGAAUCAGAAUGUACAGACUGCUUAAAUGUAGACUUAAAUACUGUGAUGCUAGGAAUAGCAGCUGAAAAACUGGAUUGUUCUACAUUUGACCAUGAAGACAUACUACAGUUGAAUGAGUCUGGCAUUUCUGAUGCAUUUGAACCAAACCAUUCCACUGAAAUGCCAGAUAGUCAGAACUUUGAUGUUCAAAGUGCUCUGUGUUCAUGGGAAAAUCUUAGUGUCUCUGGAGAAAGUGAAUCAUCUUAUUCAGAAACAGAAUGCACCAGUGGAUAUAUGAGAAGAUGAAUCCACGAAAAGCGACACAGCUUCCUCUGUCCCCCUCUUUGAAAGGCACCUUUGGGGGCGUAGUAAUUUAGAACUGACAAAUAUUGAACUGUUUCUUCAUUCCAAAUUAACCCUAAAAUGUUCUUGAGAUUCACUUGAACAAGAAACAGUGUUGGCACUCUGUCUGCAUUUAUAUUGCAUAUGGAACUUGGUUCCUGUGGAUAUCAAAAUAUAAUGUAAUUACAUAAUUUGUUGUACAGAGCUGGAGCUACAGUUUACACCGAUAUUGUGAAUGGCAAACAUUUUUUCUACAGUUGUGUGUCCUUCCUUCUCCAAAUUAAUGCCUUCAUGAUGUGCUCUAGCUGGGAAUUCUAGAAUCUGCGCCUCCUUUUAGAAAUGCAAAAGUCAGCUGCUUUUUCUUGUGUUGUAUUUAUU